UGGUCCCCAUUUGUUUACAUUUCGCCGAGAAGGUUUUUGAAGAUGUUACAAGUAAAACUAUGUGAGGCUCGUGAUUUUAUGAGUGAAGACUAAUAUGGCAUCAUCCAGCACAAUAGCAUGCGGUGUUUGUGAGUCUCAGCACACGACAAAAAAGGCGGACGUGUGGUGUCCUGAAUGUGACGAAGGAUUGUGUUCCCAAUGUCUGAAGCAUCAUAAUGCAUCAAAAGCCACGCGUACCCAUGGAGCUAUAUCUGUCGACAACUAUAAACAAUUACCUCCCUCGAUAGCCAAUAUAUCACAAUACUGUUCACUGCAUGACAUAAAAUUCCAGAAUUAUUGUCCGCAACAUGAAAGUCUUUGUUGUCAAUUGUGUAUUCAGUCAAACCAUGCUACCUGUAACGAGAUAUUAUCACUGGAGAAUGUCGUACAAACAGCAAAGACGUCAUCUUUAUUGGAAAGUCUUGAUCAAAACAUCAAAAAUCUCAAAAUUAGUGUCAAUAGAGUUGUUGACGAUCUGAAACAAAAUCUUGAUGAAAUCCAGAAACAAAGGCAAAAGUUUUAUGACGAUAUAAAACAGGUCCGUAAUAUGAUUAACGAACACCUUGACAGCCUAGAACAUCGAGUAAUUCAUGACUUAUAUGCUGCUGAAACAGAAAUUAAGUCCCACAUUGAGGACUUGAUUGGAAAACUUGCUGAAAAUUCAGAAUGUGUAAAUUCAAUGCAAAAUAAUAUUUCAGCUAUCAAAGAUUAUGCGUCAAAUAUACAAGCAUUUCUUGGGAGUAAAAUGAUUGAGACAGAAAUUCAGAAAUAUGAAAUAUUUAUGCAGUCAUUAUUUGACGAUGGAAGUUUGCAGAAGAUGGACAUAAACUGUAAAAUUGAGGACAAGAUAACCGAUGUAUUGUCAACUGUUACUUCACUAGGUACAAUAUCCAUCGAAUCAAGCUCUCCAUUAGUGGUUAUAAAAACAGAGAAAGAAACACAAGCACAGACAAGGUCUUUGAACCAUGUGCCACCUUUAAAUAUCAAUGAUAUAACACUGACAUUACAAAGUAAAUUCAACUUUCCUGGUAUCACAGGAUGCACCAUUUCUUCUAAAGAAGAAAUCAUCCUGAUAGACUUCAAUUAUAAACGUGUCCUGAUUUUAAAGGAAGAUGGAACCUUGAAAAGUGAGAUACUUCUUUCAACUUCAAGCCCAGUUGACGUUGCCUGUAUCGAUGACACGUCAUUUGCUGUUUCAUUUCCUUCUUCAAAUCUAAUACAAAUCAUAAACAUUUCAACUGAAAGAGUUGAACAGAGAAUAAACACUACCAGCCUUUGUUUUGGUUUAUGUUACAGAGAUGGCUACUUGUUGUACUGUGAUACUGGCCGAGGUAUUCAGAAAGUUAAUAUGGCAGAUAAUUGCUCUUUUACUUUGGUUAAAGACAACACUUUGUCCAAAUGGAGUUAUGUAGCGACGUUUAAAGAUAAUAUAUUUUAUACUAAUAGCUCAAACUUUACCAUAACAUGCUGCUAUUUGACUGGAGAGAAGAUGUGGGAAUACGCAGAUCAAUCAGUUCUUUCUCCGUACGGGAUAGCUGUAGAUAAAGACUCAAACGUGUAUGUUGCUUCAUAUGGUAACAACAGUUUAUGUGUAUUGUCGUCAGAUGGAAAACAAGCAAGAAAGCUGCUAGGAUAUAAUGGGGAAGUUAAUACCCCUUUUGGACUUGCAUUUGAUGCUAAGAAAGAAAAAAUAAUAGUUGCGACUUAUUAUGAACCUAAAUUAUACAGACUAUAGUAAGACUCAACUUAUGAUUACGUAGUUUUCAUUUUCAGAGUAGAUGUUUUUUGCUAUUAGAAAAAAAAAUUUCCAACAAAAUUAUUUAGCAUUAAUUGUAUAAA